UCCGGAGAGGAACCAGCUGUCACUUCUGCACGAUCCUCCGCAAGGAUCCGACCCAGCAGCGGUUUGGGACUCCCAGGAAACCGCAUUUGAAACCAGUGAACAGGGAAACAAUGAAGAUGCUCCUGCCUCUGGUAAUCCUUCAGCUGCUCUUGGCUCCAGCACUCACGGUGCCCAGCGGGGAUUACUGGGAAUCGUGGGGUCCUUAUGGAGAAUGCAGUCGCAGCUGUGGCAGCGGUGUGACCAUAAGAACCAGACGCUGUAUCACUCACAGGACGGAUGGAGGACACAACUGUGUUGGACCAGAGAAGUCGUACCGCUCCUGCAACAUCCAGGACUGUCCAGAGGGAUCCAAGGAUUUCCGUGAGGAGCAGUGCUCCCAGUUUGACGGGACUGACUUCCAGGGGAAACGCUACAAGUGGCUCCCGUAUUAUGGAGGUGAGAACCCGUGUGAGCUGAACUGCAUCCCGAGAGGAGAAAACUUUUUCUAUCGUCACCGCAGCUCUGUGGUCGACGGCACACCCUGUCACCCAGGACGGAGGGAUGUUUGUGUGGAAGGAGUCUGCAAGCGUCUGGGCUGUGACAACAUGCUGGAGUCUCCUCAGCAGGAGGACCCCUGCCUGCAGUGUGGGGGUAACGGACAGUCCUGCCACCGCGUCCACAACAGCUUCUCCGUACGCAGCCUGCCGACCGGCUACAACCAGAUGUUCAUCAUCCCCGUUGGAGCCACAACCAUCAGGAUCAGGGAAACAGUGGCAACACGCAACUACCUUGCUAUUAAGAACCUGCGUGGUGAGUACUACCUCAAUGGCCACUGGGUAAUUGAGUUUUCCAGGGCGACACCCAUCGCCGGCACCAUGCUGUACUACCAGCGAGGAGCUGAGGGCGACAACGUCCCUGAAACCAUCAUCGGCCGCGGCCCCACCACUGAACCGCUGGUUGUGGAGCUGAUCAGCCAGGAGCCAAACCAGGGGGUGGAGUAUGAGUAUUACCUUCCUAACGGACGCUCCAGGGAUGGCUACUACUGGAGUUUUGGAUCGUGGUCCGCCUGCAGCAGAGAGUGUGGAUCAGGUUAUUAGUCUCGCUUGGUCUUCUGCACCAUCGAUAACGAGGCCUAUCCUGACUACCUCUGUGCGUCUCUGCCAAGGCCACAGACCAACCGUACAUGCAACCCACACACAUGCCCACAGACCCGCAGGAUGGCCUACCUGUAUCCACCACAGUUGUGGACGUCCUCAGAAAGACCCAGAGCGUAUGCGUUCAGCUGGAGAACCGGCGAGUGGAACGCCUGCUCGGUCACCUGUGGUGGAGGCUCCCAGGUUCGCAGCGUGCAGUGCGUCUCCCAGGAUGCCUCGGGGCCCCGCGUGGUGGAUGAUGCCAUUUGCGCCGCCUACACCGAGGCACCUCCUUCGAUGCAGACCUGCAACAUGCAGAAGUGUGUCGAGUAUCAAGUGACCAGAUGGAGUGCGUGCUCUGUGACCUGCGGUUCAGGCGAACAGACCAGGGACGUGACCUGCGUGGGUUCAGGCGGGAUGAGGCUGGAGGAAACAUCCUGCAGCGCUUUGCUCCGCCCACUCGCCGUCCGACCCUGUGAGAUGGCCGCCUGCCCGAGACAGAUCAGCUGGCAGGUUGGGGAGUGGGGACUGUGCUCUACGAGCUGUGGCUCCGGCUCCAGAGAGCGCCAGGUGAUCUGCUCCGACCCGGAGAGGAACCUGUACCCUGUGGACCAGUGCGGCGCCCGCCCCAAACCCUCCACUGUGGAGCGCUGCAACACUCAGCCCUGCUACAGCCCACAGGUUGUCCCGAGCGUCCAGGACCCACGAGGACACGACAGCUCUCAGACCGGCUUCCAGCCCCAAGCUCCGGAUCGCACAGCAGUCCACAGGCCCGAGACGGAUCCGACCCAGACCAACACAGUCCAUGACCCUCACGGCUCCGCCCCGGCCCUCCACUGUAGCCAGUCCUAUUACGGCUGCUGCCCAGACGGACGCACUUCGGCUGCGGGCCCCCGGCGCCUGGGAUGCCCACAGGGCCCGGCUGCCGCUCCUGCCCAGCCGUCCUGCAUUCAGACCAGUUACGGCUGCUGCCAAGACGGCGUGACGGCUGCUCAGGGCCCCAACAAGGAGGGCUGUGUGGAGUUCGUGGCCCCUACACCCACUGUCGCUCCCUCUCUCCCUACUGAGAAUGCAGUUCAGUGCCGGACCACCACCUACGGCUGCUGCUACGACCGCACCACACCUGCAGGAGGACCCAACGGGGAGAGCUGCCCCAACCCCCCCAACCACAUCGAGCGCUCCAUCUGCUCCCUGCCUCGUGCCGCCGGCUCCUGCAGCACCUGGGUGUCACGCUACCACUACGAUGUCAUCACCUCCAGGUGCGUGCACUUCUGGUAUGGGGGUUGCCACGGCAACAGCAACAACUUCAUGACCCGGGCGGAGUGCCAGAGGGCGUGUCGGGUGCCCGCGCCCGGGCCGGUCGCUCCCGCUGGAGAGCCGACCUCCAGGAGAGAGUCCACCCCUGCGAGGACCCCGGCUGGAGCAGGCACCUCGUCUGGAGGAGGGUCCAGAGCAGGGGGGUCCGUCUCUGGAGGGUCGACAGGUGGGCAGUCGCGCAACAUGGGGAGGAUUUUCACGGUCCAGGGAGGCUCGACCGGCAGCACCGGCAGACAGGCCACGAGCGCCGCCACACACGCCCACAGAGCCAGAGUCUACCUGCGGGGACGCCGGCCCUCACCUGUCACUGCCGCACAGCACAGCGGCCCAGCUGCGAGUUUGACCCUGGGAGGAGUGACCAUCGAUAAGACUGACCCGUCCACAGUGGAAGCGUUAGUUGGCCAGACAGUCGUGCUGCCCUGCAGAGUCAGCCCGCCGCCGUCCUCCACCGUCACCGUGGAGUGGAGGAGAGACGGCAUCCCCCUGUCGACUCGCAGGCAUCACCAGCAGCCCAACGGCUCCCUGUUAGCCGGUCCUCUCGCUAAGGGCGACUCCGGCUGGUUUUUGUGCGUUGCCACUCGGGAACGUGAGAGAGACCACCGCUACAUUUACCUCUCUGUCUCAGAGGGAACGUCUCCGAUGGUUCCUACCUCACUCCCCAGAGACAGUCCACUCCCCCGGUUCAGUAUCGACCGCUCAAGCUCGUCUCAGCUGGAAAUGCGAGCGGGACAAACUGCCAGGCUGCCCUGCACCAUCGUCCCUCCCUCAGCUCUGCAGUCCGUCAGCAUUCAGUGGACAAAGGAUGGACAGACCCUCAGUGACUCCAGGUUCACCCAGCAUUCAGACGGCACCCUGACCGUCGGCGCUCUGACGUCUGAUGACUCCGGUGUCUACACGUGCACGGCCUCCAGUCAUCAGCAGCUGGAGCAGAGACAGCUGCAACUCCGAGUCCAAGCGGACCUGAAGAUCACGACAGCUCCGAACAACAUCCAGGUGUCUGAAGGCAGCACAGCUCUGCUCCCCUGCGUGGUGUCAGGAGAAAACAUUAACAUCGGCUGGUCCAGAAACGGCGUACCGGUGCGUCCAGAUGGUCGUAACAUCCAGAUGUCAUCUGACGGCAGCCUGAUCCUAAACAACGUGAAGCCGUCAGAUGAGGGAACCUACACCUGUAACGCUUACACUGGCAUCUACUCUGUGAGCGCCACGGCUGAAGUGAGGAUCAUUAAAGACACACAACAAGGUGUCGAUGUUCCUCCGGAGUGCGUGGACCAGCCGGAGCUCGCCAACUGCGAGCUCAUAGUUUACGCCCGACUUUGCUCCAACUCGUACUACUCCAGCUUCUGCUGUGCCAGCUGCACCAGGCAUUCACAGAAGAACGAGAGGUUUGGUCGGCUAGGCUAAAGACAC